AACAACAGUACUAUUGAACAGCUGGGAACGCAACGUUCGAUAUUUGUGAGCAUUUUUUUUGAGGUGAAGAAAUCCCAACAAUGUCUUCUGGAAGUGAAUUCUCAGGAAGUGAACAAGAAAAUAGUGACAUCGAAGACAAUCAAACUGAACAAUCCUCAGAUAAUAAAUCCAACUCCAGCCAGAGCGACGACGACGAAGAAAAUGAUAGCGAUGAUGGAUCGAAGCCCAAAUUGGCCGAUGAUGAUUUCCGCCAGAUGCCUUUUGAAGAGUUACUACAACUGAAACGUCGACUUGGUUCCAAAGUAUACAAUGAAGCAGUGUUUGGUAAAACUAAAAACUCGAAGGACCAAACAGCCGAAAAGAAAAAGGCCAAUAAAAGGCAACAACCAUCCACACACGAUAGUGACUCUGAUGGUCCGCCAGUGGAGCUUAGUGCAAAACGGAAGGUUUCCGCGUUAGGAAUGGAGAAGAAGCGUAACGAAUCAUCGUCGUCGCGAAGAGAUCCGCGUUUCGAUGCAAAACAGGGCUAUUACAGUGGGCGCCAGUUUCGGGAAAAAUACGCUUUUAUUAACGAAAUGAGGAAUGAUGAACUGGAACGGUUGCAGAAACAGCUUGAAACUGUGGAUGAUCCUGAUGAAGCGGAGCAGUUGAAAUUUGCAAUCCGUAGAACGGAAAAUCAGAUACGAGAAUUCAACAAGCAGAAAGAGCAAGACAAGAAACGGAAAGAAGAACACUUGGAAGCACGCAAAGCGAUUGAGGAUGGAAAACGACCAUUUUAUGAAAAGAAAAGCAUUAAGAAAGCCCGCGAGCUUGUUGAAAAAUACGACGAACUUAAGGAAACGGGUCGACUUGGUAAACACAUUGAUAAAAGAAGGCGUAAGACUACUGCAAAAGAUAGGAAAAAGUUGGACUUUUCCACGUAAUUUUCUAAUAAACAACUUACU